AUGGCGCAACCCAUCAUGCGAAAGAUAUGGGUGAAGCGACCAAGCGCGUCGGCCACGCUUGUGCAGAUCCGGGAGGACGAUCUGGUUGACGAUGUGCGGGAUAUGAUCCUGAAGAAAUAUGCAAACUCUCUCGGCAGAACAUUCGAUUCACCUGACAUGACGCUGCGCAUUUUGAUGCGACCCAACCAGGCCGGUCUUCGUGUAGAGCAUAUUCUCGGCCCGGAGGAAGAGAUGAUCAAGGUCAUCGAGAAAUAUUUCCCGGAUGGUCAAAAGGUUGCGGAUGCAUUGCUCAUUGACGUCCCACAGAAGAGGACGCCGCGACCAUCGCCACGAGCCUUGCCGACCCAAAAUUACUAUUCCAUGGACGACUAUCGACCUAUGGAGAACGGGAAUGACUACUUCCCUCCGAUGGCUGAAGCUAGCGCUCCUAAUAUCUUGUUGGGCCCAGUGCCACCGCGAGAUCAGCACAAUGGCGACCACGGCCCACGGUCUAUUUCGGUACUCAAUACUGGGCAGAUCGCGCCUAUACCGUCGCCAGGCGCAGGGGGUCGACGACAUGCGGCACAUCGUCCAAAAUAUGGUCGCCAGCACACGUCCUCGCCAGUGAUUGUGCAACAUACAAUGAACGGAGCUUCGGCCUAUUCAAAUGUACCCAUACUGCCAGCACCGCAUCGUAACUCCACCCGCGGCCGCGCCGACUCGUCGGCGUCCGAAGCGAACAGAUCGAUGACUGCUAACGCAGCGCCACCCGCUCCCCCCUUACCUUCACCACCGGCUCCGAUAGUACAGUCCGCCAUUGUCAACACCUCUCACCCGCCAACGCCUUCUGGCGGCGCGCACCGCAGGACGAAACCGCAGAAACUCCGACGAGCGACUCCAGAGAAAGCCGUCAUACGCUCAGCGAUUCGGGCCGGCACGGACGGUUACGCUGUCGACCCUGUGAUGCCGAGCAUCUCAAGCAUGUUGGACAGCUCGGCACCUCCGAUCAACGUGUUGAUUGUUGAGGAUAACAGUGUCAAUUUGAAAAUCAUGGUGGGGUUGAUGAAAAGACUUAAAGUGCGGUGGCAAACCGCUGAGAACGGACGGAUAGCAGUCGACAAAUGGCGGGAGGGGGGGUUCCAUUUGGUCGUGAUGGAUAUUCAGAUGCCAAUCAUGAACGGUCUCCAAGCGACCAAGGAGAUCCGAAGGCUUGAACGGGUCAAUGGUAUCGGCGUGUUUUCCUCUUCCGCACCGAGCAGCCCGACUGAAAAUACAUCGAACGACAUGAACGGCAAGGGCAAGGAGAUCGCGGAGAAGCCUCCCCGGCCCGCACACAAUCCGGAAGACGAUGAACUACCCGUGGGCGAAGGUCUCUUCAAAUCUCCAGUGAUCAUCGUUGCUCUGACCGCAUCAGCCCUCCAAUCCGAUCGUCAUCAAGCACUCGCGGCCGGGUGCAACGACUUCCUCACGAAACCUGUAUCCUUCCACUGGCUGGAGCGGAAGAUCAAGGAAUGGGGUUGCAUGCAGGCGCUCAUCGACUUUGACGGCUGGCGCCAAUGGCGAGACGUUGCAGCGCGCGAGGCCGCAGGCAAGACCGACGCGCAGAAGCUCAAGGAUCAGGAGGCGGAUGCCAAGUCACGCAAAUUGGCAGAGAAAAUGGCAUUGCUGGAAGAGAAGAAAGCAAAAUUAAAAGCAGCGUCUGCUGACUCCGCUGGUGCUGGUUCGAGUGGGACAUCCAUGCCCUCGGCUGGCGCGACUGUUGCUGCGGCAGAGUAA